CUUAUGCCAGACAAAUGAAAGAAUUAUUCAAUAAUUGCACGAGUUGAUGGUUGCCUGCAAAUUAUAUUGUCAAAUGGACCAUCUAGCCGAGUUUUAAAAUAAAUAUUGGACAUUGAUUUGAAUAGAAAGUUCGAAUACGCCAACAUGCAAAGGAGGCUUUUUGUGUUUGGAAUUUUACUCAUUUGGAUGAGUUACAAUGAAGCUAUUAUAUUCAAAUUUACAAAUGCAGUUUGCGAGUCUUAUAACAAAUCGUGGGUUGUCAUCAACAAUUGUCGACUGCGUGCAAUUAACCGAAACAAGACGGUGCUUAACAUAAAUAUAACAUUUCUACAUCCAUGCAAUGAUAUUUUUGUUGCCGUUCAACUUUUUAAGAGAGCAAAUGGCUACAAGCCGUGGCUUUUUAAGGCAACCGUUGAUGCCUGUCAAUUUACCAGAAAAUCAUAUAAUCCAACCAUUAUUCUAAUUUAUAGCCUUUUUAAGGAAUUUUCCAAUAUUAAUCAUACUUGUCCCUACAUGGGUGAUCAAAUAAUACAAGGCUUUUAUCUACGACCGGAAAUAUUGCGCUUGCCUUAUCCAACUGGGGAAUACUUGCUGGAAAUGCAUUGGAUCUUGGACAAUAAAACAACUUUUAUUACAAACGAAUAUUUUCAAUUUACAGAAAAUUUGUUGUGAAAGCGUUUAUAAAUCCAAAAAUUAUUAUUAAUGUCCACUAAAUUCACUUUUAAAUCGCAAUUAAUAAAUUGGUUAAAACUAAC